GAACUGGGCAACGUGUAAUGGUGAAAGGUUAAUGGAGAAGCUAGCACAUAAGUCCUAGCAAAUGUGGCUAGUGCGAAACUUUGCGCGGGAAGGGCUGGUGAUUGUAAUCUUGGCAGCUUGUGAAUAAAAGAUGAGACUCUGUUGCGUGCCCACGUGUCGGUUUGUUUGUGGCCGGCUAGAGGGAUUGAUCCGUGUGAUAAUGCCUCUAUCCGCCAGUAUUAGCACUCCAUAACUAUGCGUGUGUAGCUAUUUGAAUAGUGCGUCCAAAUUAUAAGCGUUGUAUUCUAUCGAAGCCGGGGGUUAGAAGGGAUUGAUUGUGAGACGAUUUAAGUGGUUGCUUCGCACGAAAUGAAAAUUAGAUCAUUCAUUCAAUGCCCUGAGAAAAAUAGCUACCCUGGAAAACGGAACAAAUAGUGCAACGGUUGUUUUCCACAGAGCAGCACACAUUCCGUCGGUCGUGUCAAAAAACUCAGCAUAAAAUUAUUAUUUCCACAUGAAAACCAGUGAACCAGUUGGUGCGAAUAGUGUGUGUGAAUUUUCAUUUCAAGUGCAACAGUGUAAAUGUAUUUCGUGCAUGAUAAAUUAAACAUCAUUGUGACAGCUAACCAUGUUUGAAAAAAUGCAUUCAAUUACAUUGCACUUUCCGCCGUUCGAUGGGCAACGGAAAGUCGUGCUUGUGCAUCUGCACCUAAACUAAGGUAGCGCAUCGUGUUUGGUGUACUAUUUCGAUUAAGGGUGUGGUUUCGUAUGCGUGUGCAACUGAAGCCCCAGGCGUAUCUGGAGGCUAAGUUAUAACAGAAACAGGAGCAACAGCAGCAGCAGCAGCAGCAGCAGUACAGGGAGCUGAAACAAGCCAUCAUCCCAUUUGAAGCCAAUUCCCGCCAGGAUGGACAUCGAUAUCAUCGAUAUCCGGACACUAGGCUACCUUUCCAGUACAAGCACGGUUGUGUCUGCAACGACAAUCGGUAAUCUGACGUCGGUGAAUCAAACCGAUGGCUCGGGAGAUGGCAGUGGGAGUGGUACGGGUGCUAGCAGUGGGACAGGUAUUCCGGGCGGACCCGGUGAGGACACCGAUGAUGACGAUGUUGAUGUCUUAUCGCCCCUGUCGAUGUCAUUUCUCGGUGUUUUCCUUUCGAUUGUGAUAUUUCUGUCAGUUGCUGGCAACAUUCUAGUGUGUAUUGCUAUCUACACCGAGCGAAGUUUACGGCGCAUCGGAAACCUCUUCCUAGCUUCACUAGCCAUCGCCGAUCUUUUCGUUGCCUCACUUGUAAUGACUUUUGCCGGUGUCAACGACCUACUAGGUUACUGGAUAUUUGGAGCUCAGUUUUGCGACACAUGGGUCGCUUUUGAUGUGAUGUGCUCAACUGCUUCCAUUCUAAACCUGUGCGCUAUUUCGCUCGAUCGGUAUAUACACAUCAAGGAUCCUUUACGAUACGGUCGAUGGGUAACCCGACGAGUGGCUAUCGGAACAAUUGCCGUUAUUUGGCUUCUUGCAGCACUCGUAUCGUUUGUUCCAAUAUCACUCGACCUACAUCGAGACAAAAGAGACAAAACGGACACAUCGCUCAAAAUCAAUGGCAUCAAAUACGAGACCUGUGCUCUUGAUCUAACACCAACUUAUGCUGUUGUAUCUAGUUGUAUAAGCUUCUACGUACCUUGUAUAGUUAUGAUAGGUAUCUACUGCAGGUUGUACUGCUACGCUCAAAAGCACGUCAAAUCUAUUCGUGCCGUUACGCGUCCUGGAGAGAUUAGCGAAAAGCGCUACCGCAGCAUACGAAGGCCCAAAAGCAGCAAGAACAAACUUAAACUCCGCCAGCUCGCACACACCGCAUCAUCACCGUAUCACGUGUCCGAUCAUAAGGCCGCGAUCACCGUUGGUGUGAUAAUGGGCGUCUUCCUGAUCUGUUGGGUUCCGUUCUUCUGUGUUAAUAUCAUCGCCGCGUUCUGCAAGACCUGCAUUGGGCAGCAAACGUUCAAGGUGCUAUCUUGGCUCGGGUAUUCCAACUCAGCCUUCAAUCCAAUCAUCUAUUCGAUCUUCAACACCGAGUUUAGGGAAGCUUUCAAGCGAAUCCUUACCAGCCGAAGCUCCUGGUGCUGUGGCCAGGAAAUGGGAAACAUUUAUCCCCGUAGCAGCGAUCGGUACGUGACGGAUUAUGCGGCGAAAAACGUCGUGAUGAAUUCGGGCCGCUCAUCCGCCGACCUAGAGCAGGUGUCAGCGAUUUGACCUUACUAAGCAACAUCAACAACUUUACAAAGCACUAGAGCUCCCCAAUCCCAUACCCGUAACGAAGCAGCUGCAUUCUAAAGAGCUUAACCAUUCCAACACACUCACUGAGAUAGUGUCAUUGGUAGAAUAUCUGUAGAAACACGUAAAAGCAAUCGCUAGCUACAGACUUCUAGCGCUGGCUACUAAACGAUCGUACGUACGAGUCACUCACUUUCAAAUCCAUGGAAUGUUGUCACUUGUCAUACGAUUAUAGUUGCCAAUAGCUGGUGUGCGCAAACGAGCUGUACUUUAAAGCGCACUCACUUACGCCGGUUUUGACCUGUCCAACACCACCUAAUGCACAAAUACACAGAUUGCACCCCUUGACAGCUAGGGUUUAGGGAUUUAUGUUCUCGCUGUUGUUGAUGUUGAAAUUGUAGAGUGUAAAAUCAAUAUGAAGAAACCAAAACGGACAAAGAAUCGAAAAGUUUAGCGUGCCGUUUGUAGUAAAAUCCUUUUGAUGCAGUUGCAAGCGGUCCAAUACUCUACCGAGGCAAACCCUAAUAUAAAAAAAUACUCACAUAUCUGCCAAUAUUUUCGAAGCUAUGUAGAUUCAUUAGGUAGAUUUAUAAGAGACAGAGUACCACAAAUAGGAAAAACGAUCGAAUAAAUAUGUAGACGACUAAGAUCGAUUAAUACUAGAACACCCCCAGUGAUAGAUAAAUUAAAUGUUUUUUUGUUUCUAAAAAAUGCGACGUUUUUACCAAGAGGAUAUACGCGUAGAAAACUUCUAACAUUUCCAUAAUAACUUCUUUGAUGUCUCAUUCGAUAUGCAUGUUAGAAGUGAUCCCCAGAGCGAACAGUUUUUCCAUCACUGUACCCAUUUCAUAAAAGCAAACUUUUUAUGACACGAAUUUGUUUUACGAAAGUGCCACUGACGCUGAAGUGAUAUUCUUAUCAAAUUGAAACUAUUUUAUUUUGUCAAUUGAUAUUAUUUAUUAUAUGUUUCUGUUUGUUGCAUCGUGUUACCACUCACCGAAUCUCUCACUAAUUACCGACUAUCUUCCGAACGUGAUUCACGUACAUGAACACUUGCUCUCAUUUUAUCACGAACAUAAUUACACCACUCGUCUAAAAAGUAAAGUUACUUGAUGAUAAGACUGAUUACUGAUUAUUUAUUGAAGCAUUAGAUGAUAAAAAUAAGUAAGGUCGAGCAAGAAACAAAAAACAUUACCCGUUGUGAAGUGUAUAAAGAGCGAUCAUGUUCGUAACGCUAGGGCAGCAGGGUUUACUGUAAUGUUACUUUUUUGUUAAGCAACAGCCAUUACACACGAUUUAAUACUAUCCACCAAUAUGAACCAAAGUGCUGCACGAAACUAAUACCCUGAUACAAUCAUGUUUCUUUAUCGUACAAAUUGUUAAUCACUAAAGAAUUUAUUCACCAUCUAUCACGAUAGUCGCCCUCCCCCUCCUAUACAAUAGUUUUCAAUUCUACUACUAGGGCGAAAACGAUGUGUAAGAUAACAGAGAGUAUUUAGUUGAUGUGAAUGUUUAAGGAAUCGGUAUUAAUAUAGGUCUGUGUAAAACCGUGUAUAUGUGAUACGUAGGUCACGAAACUUGCUGAUAAUCACCAAAUAUUUGACACAAGUUCUUCAGGUCUAGCAAUGUUCAACUAAAAAACAACAUAUUUUUUACAAUAAAAAUGAUCCGUUGUAUGGAAAAGUAUUGUGACUAAGUGAUCUUUUUUUAAUUUCAAAACAUUUGCAUCUACCUACCACAAAUAAAAUCGCAAAUUUGAUUUUCCAAAAAAUAUAAAGUUAUAUGAUGUUAAGAAGAUUCGCUGUUGGGUUUGUUGUUAUAGUUGUUAUAAAAACAUUUAUGCUAUAAAAUGAAUUGGUAAACAUUUUGGAUGUUUACCUGUUUUUACCAAUUCUGCACUGCUCCAUAUCGGUAAUGUUUGAAAUAAGUUACAACUGCAAAUAAGUUACAACUCUACAAAAAUCCUGCCUGUAAAUGAAGUACUCACAUUGCUCAGCCUAGGUAGCGGACAUGGGACCGGAAAACAACGUAUAGAUUUGUAAAAACCCAAAGCUGUAAUUCAUUGAUGCAGGAUUGCGUUCUAACAAUCUCUUUCAAAAAAGCAUUAGAACGAAUUGCUCUCACAUUUGCAUUGAGCGCUCCUAUUUUCAAGCAAAUAAUAAUUUAAAAAUAAGAAACGAGCGUUAGCGUAGCGAAUGUUUCAAUUUAGUCUAUAGUUUGUACCUUCCGUAGUAAGACCAAUGCCUACCGAUACCAUACCAAAUCUAAAAUGAUGGAGUUUGUUUACAUCCAACGGUUACAAUAAAGAUAACAUUCGGGAUGCUGUAUGUUCAGCUAUACCAUUAGAAAAAUCCUACCUUAUCCCUUAUUACCAGCAGUGUACUUACUUACUUAUCCGACGCUACAAUGACUUGGCGGUCUUUGUCUGCUGCAGUGUACUUAUCUAUUUAAAUCAGGGGUCUCCAAACUUUUCAGUUCGCGCGCCGCAUUGCUUCACAUAUAAUGGUGUUGAGGGCCAUUUUUCCGUUGCCUGUAUCUAAUGCGAACGUUUCAAUUUCGUUUUUAUAAGAAAUCACUUGCAUAAUAUACAAAACUCCUAUAGCUUUCUAUUAUUUAAGCUUGGUCUAUGUCUCUAAAAAGCAACAAUUACAUUUUCUUUAAAAAUAGUCACAAUAAUUAACUAUUUAUUUUAACCUUCACAAAGUUGCCAUGGGCCGCAUAAUAGGUUCUCGAGGGCCGCAUGCGGGCCGCGGGCCGUAGUUUGGAGACCCCUGAUUUGAAUUAAAUCAGAAUCCCCAUUUUCUAGUAUAAGAAGACAAAAUGAUGAAUGGAAAAGAACAACAAAUAUUAAAGUAAAAAGUAGCCAAAUGGUACAAUAGGUACAGGGAAGUAUACAAUCUGACACUGAAAACUGAAGUUUGGAUACAAUUUUUGCACACUGUAAAACACAAACACACACAUCCAUGCAGAUUGUAUAAGGAAUUUGUACAGCUAACAGGAACUCCAAAGGAAAAACAUCCAUCACGCUGAUUUAAAAAUGCAAACGAUAUGAAUAAAUAUGUUGUCUUUGGAUAA